AUGGAGAUGUCGCACCCAGAGGAGAGACCGACCAAGAAGCGCCGUUUCUUCGCAGAAGACUCGUCGCCACCUCAAGCCCGGGCAGAAGCCCCCAACUCCCCCCCGCACUCUACGCCACCAGACGCUACAACGGCUGUCGAAAUACCGGACGAAACCAACAGCAAGGCCAAGCAAGAUGGCGGAAAUUGGGAUGGCUUUGAUGUCGGCAUGCUCCAGGCGGUUGUUGGAGAGCUAUCACUCGCCACAUUGCAGAAGUUGAAGGACGUGAGUGGUAGUCAUGUCCAACGAGCAAUCAAUCUCUACUUGGACGGCUCAUGGAACUCUGCGCCAUUCUCCGUGCCCGCACCCAUCUUUCAAUCUCGGGCCCAGCCUGUCCAAAUGACGAUAGCGAACACGCUCAGGCGAACCGAUUCUGAAGCAUCCAUCACGUCCACACCAGGCUCAGGCAAUUCAACUCCUGCGAUCCUGCGGGAAAUGCCUGCAACGCGAUACAUCGGAUCCUUUGGUGCUGUUGGUUGGGCGACUAAGAGUGGAUUAGGCCUGCUCAAACACAACGAGAAGAUUGGCAUUGAGCGCAUCAAGACCCAACACAAGCAAGGCAAAGCGAAGAGGGUCGUCAACCUCAAGAAGCAGGAUACCAUAGUCAGGUUCACCAAUGAUCGCGGAGCAGAGGUCGGCCGACUGGAAAACGACUCUGCAACCUGGAUCUCGACACUGAUGGACCAGAAGUGUUGUUCGUUCGAGGGGACCGUUGUGUACACACCGGACAGGAUACGAACAGGCGAUACGAUAUACUUACAACUGCAUGGAUGCUUCCUACGGGGCGCAUUUGACAAGCGAAAGUUUGCCAAACCGGACAACAACCGCGAGAUCAGCAUCUUUGAAGAAAAGGAGACAUCAGACGAGCGAGAUCUUCGUCUGCGGCAGGUUGGGCUUGUAAAGUUAUUCGAGUCGAUCAACUUGCGACCGACCCGGGAAAAUGAGAACACAGCAAAGCACAAGCGGCAAGGCCUGCUGCAAGCAGCGGAGAAAGUCGAGAAGAAAGACGAGAAAUUGAACUCCAAGAACGGAACGCCCGCCGAACCUGCAUCUUCACCACCCUCAGACGAAGUGGAAGAAGGCGAAGAGCUCGAGCAGGACCAGCUAGACUCAUUGUACAAGAAGGCGCAAUCCUUCGAUUUCAACACUCCCACACUGGAGCCCGCUGACACAUUCCGUAUGGAUCUGCGCAAAUACCAGAAGCAGGCCCUUUUCUGGAUGGUUGGAAAAGAGAAGGACGAAUCACUCAUGCACAAAGAGACUUCCAUGCACCCGUUGUGGGAAGAGUAUCAAUGGCCGGUAGAAGAUGCUGACAGCCAGCCUGUGCCAGCUAUAGAGGAUCAGACUAUGUUUUAUGUCAAUCCGUAUUCUGGUGAACUUUCGCUCGAGUUCCCAAGGCAGGAGCAGAGUUGUCUAGGUGGUAUACUUGCCGAUGAGAUGGGUCUCGGCAAGACCAUUGAGAUGCUUAGCUUGAUCCAUACUCACAGGAUCGAGCUCGACAAAGAUGAAUCAUCAGCUACCACGAAAACUCUUCCCCGUCUACAAAAGACUAGCGCGGCUGUUGAGUCUGCUCCAUACACCACUCUUGUAGUAGCACCAAUGUCGCUGCUGGCGCAGUGGCACAGUGAAGCUGAGAAGGCGUCAAAGGACGGUACGCUGAAGGCUAUGGUGUACUACGGCUCCGAGAAAGCAGUCAAUCUACAGAAGCUGUGCUGCGCAUCCAAUGCGGCCCAUGCUCCGAAUCUCAUCAUCACGAGCUACGGCACGGUGCUAUCGGAGUUCAACCAGAUCGUUGCGCAAGACGGCAACCGCGGAUCGCAUGGCGGCAUCUUCUCGCUAGAUUACUUUAGAAUCAUUCUUGACGAGGCACAUUACGUCAAGAACAGGCAGUCGAAGACAGCGAAAGCUUGCUAUGAACUUAGUGCAAGGCAUCGAUGGGUGCUCACCGGAACGCCCAUCGUUAACCGUCUUGAGGACCUGUUCAGUCUUGUGCGUUUCUUGAAAGUCGAGCCAUGGAGUAAUUUUUCUUUCUGGAAGACGUUCAUUACAGUUCCCUUCGAGUCUGGAGACUUCAUUCGCGCUUUGGACGUUGUGCAAACCGUCUUGGAGCCGCUUGUGCUGCGUCGAACCAAAGACAUGAAGACACCGGAUGGCGAAGCUUUGGUUCCGCUGCCAACGAGGACUAUCGACGUAGAGAAGAUAGUCCUAUCGCAAGAUGAGCGAGAUAUUUAUGAUCACAUAUUUAUGCGCGCGAAGAGCGUAUUCACUGCCAACGCCGAAGCUGGGACUCUCUUGAAGUCGUACACCACCAUAUUUGCGCAGAUUCUACGUCUACGACAAUCAUGCUGCCAUCCCAUACUCACGCGCAAGGCUAACAUAGUUGCCGAUGAAGAGGAUGCAGGACUGGCAUUAGACCUUGCCAAUGGACUCGCCGAUGACAUGGAUUUAUCAAGUCUCAUCGAACGCUUCACUGGCGAAGGCGAUCAGGACGUCAAUAGAUUUGGUGUCCACGUUCUGAAGCAGAUUCAAGACGAAGCCGAGUCUGAGUGUCCCAUCUGCUCAGAAGAACCUAUGGUCGAUCAAGCAGUGACUGGAUGUUGGCAUUCCGCAUGUAAGGAGUGCUUAUUAAACUACAUCAAUCACCAGCGUGACAAGGGCAACAUUCCACGUUGCUUCAACUGCCGCGAACCCAUCAACGCACGCGAUAUUUUUGAAGUUGUUCGGCACGAUCACGUCAUGGAAGCAGUCAGCCAUGCUUUUCGUCGCGGCGACGGACCACCACCAGCAACGCAGAGUCCACGUAUCAGCCUUCGAAGAAUCGGCCUUACCGGCUCAGCGAAAACUCAAGCCCUCCUCACCCAUUUGAAGAACAUUCGAAGAGAGGACAAGUCCACCAAAUCCGUCGUGUUCUCCCAGUUUACAUCUUUUCUGGAUCUCAUCGAGCCAGCCUUAACACGCGACCACAUUCCUUUUCUCCGCUUCGACGGCUCCAUCUCCCAGAAACAGCGAGCCAUCAUUUUGGCCGAGUUCGCCAGUUCCCCGAAACCUUACGUCCUGCUUCUAAGCUUACGGGCGGGAGGCGUAGGCCUGAAUUUGACGUGUGCGAAUAAAGUGUUCAUGAUGGAUCCGUGGUGGAGCUUUGCUGUCGAGGCGCAGGCUAUCGAUCGCGUGCAUCGGAUGGGGCAGGAACGGGAGGUAAAAGUAGUGAGAUUUGUGGUUGAAGGCAGUAUUGAGGAGAAGAUGCUUAGGGUUCAAGAGAGAAAGAAGUUCAUUGCAAGUUCUUUGGGUAUGAUGAGCGACGAGGAGAAGCGCGUACAGCGCAUUGAGGAUAUCAAGGAACUGUUGAGCUAG